GGCACCGCUUUUGCUGGAAAUCCCAACUUACAAAAUGCCCCUCAGACCCAACUGGGACCUGAUGGGUUGGGACUAGGCUUUGGAACAAUUACUGUCAUUGAUGACAUCUUGACCACCGCCCCGGAGUUGGGCUCACAAUCGAUUGGCAAGGCACAAGGGGUGUAUGUAGCUAGUUCAGCUGAUGGGACUAUGCAGAUGAUGGCAUUUACAGCCAUGGUUGAAGGAGGAGAAUAUGGUGACAGCCUCAACUUCUACGGAGUAUACAGGAUCGGUAGCCCCUCAUCACAUUUGUCAGUGACUGGAGGAACUGGCAAGUUCAAGCACGCACGUGGCAUUGCAGAGGUGCGGUCACUCAUUCCUCCGGGCCAGCACGUCACAGAUGGAGCAGAGACAUUGCUGAGGAUCGCUGUACAUCUAAGCUACUGAAAACCAGUAUGGUGAACAAAGAACAAUGCAAUAUAUGUGUGGUGAUAAAUGCAAUCAUGGUUUGUAACGUCUAUGAAAUGUAACCGAGUUUUAUAGUUUAUAUAUUUCUCUGUUGUAAAUCUGUUGUGCUCAUACCAAGAGUGAACUAUGUUGGAUUUGAUGAUAAAAUUUAAAAGGGAAUUCACUC